AUGUGACCGUUUCCAUAUCCGGGUCACAAACGCUAUUAACCUCCAGGUUAGAGGUUGGCGUGUACGGUGGCUGGAGAACGUCAGUGUAGUGAGAGCGAAGCCCUUUCCCCCGCCCUUGCUGUGGCCUUAGGUGUAGGGUCUCCAAUGGCGCAGAGUGCUCCGCCACCCUUUGAUCCCAGCCAUCCGCCGGUCAUCGAAGGCUUUACGCCCAGCGCUUUCCAGCGCCGCGAGGAGACAUUUAAAGAAAAAUUCCUACGGAAGACCCGCGAGAACCCGCUUGUGCCCAUAGGCUGCCUUGGCACAGCAGGAGCUUUGACCUAUGGACUCAUCUGUUUCAAGAGAGGCAAAAGCCACCAGUCCCAGAUUAUGAUGCGAGCACGUAUUCUAGCCCAAGGCUUCACCAUUGCUGCCCUAAUGGUGGGGGUGGUUGUUACAGCAAUGAAAUCACAGAAGUGAACCUACUGCCAGUAUACAGUAAUGUCCUACUCUACUGCAUAAAAAUGGGUCUUUCUACCGUGGAGAAGGGCACUUGUCAAAGCUCGGAGAAUGAUGUUUCAGUGAUAUUUUUAGAAUGACCAUCAGGUGCCAGUGUGUUCUAAGCAUUUCCUAAAUAAUAUUGAAUACAUGCAAAUUAUUCAACCUUG